GAUGCUCCAAACCAGCAAACCACAACACACAACCCCGGCUUGGACUUUGCACCAAGCCCUUUUGCCCGGUUUGCUUUCUGCUCGGCUCGCCGGGAUCCUCGGCGCCCCAACUCUCAGCUUCUCCCCAGCCUCCGGGGUCCCUCUCGCCACCUGCGCGCCUCCCAGAUCAAAACGCUUUGCGGAGGAGGCUGGAAGGCGCCCCGUCCACCCGCCACCUUAGGGGGAGACGGAAACUACAACUCCCAUCACGCCCCGCAGCCGCUCCCUCCCCCUCCCCCCCUGCAGCCUGAGGCCGGGCGGCGCUGGGCUUUCAUCCGCGGACCCGGCGGGAGGGAGCCACAUCCCCGCGGUCUUCCCCGACGGCGGCGCCGUGCGCGGCAGCUCUAAGCCGGGUUCAUCUUUGCGUCCGCGCCAGCCCGGAGCCCCGGGGGCACAGGGUCCGUUCCUGGCGCAGCGAGAGGAUGGUCAUCCGCGUAUUCAUCGCCUCUUCCUCGGGCUUCGUGGCGAUAAAGAAGAAGCAGCAGGAUGUGGUUAGAUUUCUGGAAGCCAACAAGAUAGAGUUUGAGGAGGUGGAUAUCACAAUGUCAGAAGAACAGAGGCAAUGGAUGUACAAAAACGUCCCCCCAGAAAAAAAGCCUGCUCAGGGCAACCCUCUGCCACCUCAGAUAUUUAAUGGCGACCGAUACUGUGGAGAUUAUGACAGUUUUUUUGAAUCAAAGGAAAGCAACACAGUCUUUUCAUUCCUUGGCCUGAAACCACGGUUGACAUCAAAGGCCGAGCCUUAGAGAGGAAAAGUGGAAGAUGAUGGAGAGAUGCAUUUUGGAGCACCCCCCUGGUACUCAGCACACACCUGCUUACCUAAUGCAUCACUGUGACAAAAGCCACAUGCAUUGUCAGUAACUUUGCUUGCCACGGAAAAGGUGUUUUUGGAAGAUGUGGGUAUGAUAGGAAUUGCAUGAUUGCUUUAAACCAAAUCAGGUGGUGGAUUUUUCUUUUUUCUUUCUUUUUUUUUUUUUUUUCAGAUUUGCCUACAGUUGCCUCACUCACCAGGAAAUAUUAUCACCUGUUAUAGGUGUGCUUCCUUAAUGACUGAAAGAUAAGUGGGUAGCACCAUCAGAGAGAAAAUGUUGGAUCUGCACUAGGUUAUAGUAGAUGCCAGAGUUGUAUAUACCUGCUUCUCUUUAAGCUGCCUGGAUUGCAUCCUUGAAUUUUUAGCCUGCCAGGUUAUUAGAGUCUUUGAAUCAGAAAGAAAGAAAAAAAAACAAUGCUGAUUGACAAAGAGCACUGAAGAUUUUUGCUUAGAAUCACAAACGUCACUGUUCCAAUGCUUUUUAAUAACACCUGUGAAAAAGUUAGAUGUUCUAGACUCAUUUUUGUAGUGGGAACUCUUACCCCUAUAAAACCUCCAAGCUCCUACAGAUGUCUCCAAAAAUCCCUGUUAAAACAUCGAGUGAUCAGAACUAAGUAACAGGGAUGAAAAGAAUUGCUAUUUUGGAAAAUAUAUGCUUCUUUAAUCUCUUGCAAAGGGAAAAUUUUACCUAAAUACAUAAGACUCCUUGAAAGAUAUAUUUUAAGAGAUCCACCAAUUAGAUAAUAAAUUUAUGGGAAAAUCAUCUGACUAGUAUCUGAAGGCUUAUUCAGCCAUAGCAGUUUAUUUAUACAUAAGUAGACAUAUAUUUUUAAAUGCAGCUCCCCUAACUAUUAACAGCUGCUUAUUCUAUUUUGUGAAGGAAUUAUAUUUUCUGAGAAAGGAAGAUCUCAAUUAGAUAUAUUUUGUGAACCCUUGACGAGACAUAUUAAAGAUACCAAUAUUGCUGUACAAUUUAAUUUUUUCUUAUAUUACUUUUCAUUUUCCCUAUGACUUUACUUGCUCAUAUUUCUGGCCAAAGCAGUCUCAGAUUUUUCAGGGUAGUACAGCUACAUGUUCUCAUCCAUACAGGAGUAUAGGUGUGUUUUCGGAGCAACAUAUAUGAGAAAGAGGCUGUCUGUAGAAUAACUCAGAUUUGUACUUGGCAGGUAAAAUCUCUACUCCCACUGGAGUGGAUGCUGGUAAACACUGAAGAUGUCUACUUCAUUAGGGUGAGGCUACUUUUCUGCAUCCUUGUCCCUAUAACAGGGGCACUUCAUAUUUUAGAGUUUUCUAUUGCCAAACAUGGAAACAGCCUUGAAUAGGGUAAACUCUCAGAGUGCUGUUUAAAAUACAACUCCCAACAUCCUGAUUCUGGACCUUUCAUUAUGAUUCUGAGCAAGAAAUUUAUAAGAAAUGGAAAGGGCGGAAGAAUUAAAGCUCUGUUACAUCUAUGCUCCCCCCCCCCUCCGGCCCCAUUUCUGGCUAAAAAUGUGGACUAUAAAGAACUUGCCAAAUGCUAGAGCUGAAGUCCCAGCCUGAGAUUUGCAGUCCAGGACUACACAGAAGAAAAGCGUGACAGAUUUCUACUUGACUGGAAUAGACGCACAAUCCACAAUUUUCUCUCCAAGGAAAGCUGUUGUCCAAUAUGAAUAUUACUGGUUAGUUGGCAUUAAAUAAGAUCCAGGUCAAAUUCCAUUUGAUAAAUCCCAAGGACUAUUCAGGAAUUCUUUUUUCUUUAAACUGGAUAUUGUGUUUGAGUAUGUGAGUCUUCUGUUAAGACUUAGAAUUUCUUAUGGUACAGCAAUUUUAAAAAUUGUUAUAAAAUUACCCAACUUAUUAAAUAUGUUUGGUCUACUCUUGCCAGGGAGCACUAAGAACCAAGUUGGUAUGGUUGAGGCUUUGCAAGUUAAAUUCUGGGGAUAUAGUAUCAAUACCAUAUUUGCUGGACAAAGAAAGCUGUACACAUUUGCUUGUCUUAUAACUUUUGAAUUAACCAUAGUAUACCUAGUAUGAUUAUAUUAAACAGACUAGAUGGAUAGUAGUGCUAAAUUAUUGCUGCUGUUACAUACCAUCUCCCCAUCUUGAUUUUUUUAUUUUUUUUAUUUUUUGAUCAACAGAGAAAUACAAUAAACCAGCCUCAGGCAAUACUGUACUUGUUGUGAGUGAGCUAGCAGCACAGCGUGUGGCAUUCGUACAGUAUCCAGGCCCCACAGCGUGCCCAGGUAUUGCCCUCUGGGACCAUACAGUGUUCAGAGAAUGUCAUGUGCUUGCUUGUACUUUUUUACCAGCCGAAUUCCAAACAUGGGAUAAUGAUUUUCUUGUUCCCUUUUUUUUUUUUAACUAGCUGCCUAUAGAUUUUGAUAAUCACAGUCUUAAAAACCCAGGAAAGAAGUGGAUGGGAAUUGUAGGCAUAGAUUUAAUAUCAAGGGCAUUUCAAGACAGAAUUUUUAUUUCCUGUAGUGGGCUUGUUGGGACAAAGGAAAUGUGCUGCUAAAAAUCAAAUUAUGCCAUUGUAAAAUUAGAUAAAAUACAGAGUGCCAUCCUGCUAGAUGUAUACAGACCAGAAGUAAAUUUAGUUGGGAAAAUACUUGUUUUUCCAAAUUCUGGUGUUUUAUUAAAAUCAAAGAAGAGAAAAGGAAAAAUUUCUUUUUCCCCUCAGACUCUAAUAUAUUUUAGAUUUGUUUCUCUUUUAUAGAUUUAAUUCAGUACUCCCACAGAGAUGUUUUUAUAUUAUAUGAAUUUAAUAAUGAGCUAAACUUAUUUUUGUCUUCUGUUACUGAAAGGUACCAAAGCCUCUUUCUCUUUUGUUUUCGUUUUGUUUGUUUGAUGUUAUUAUGGGGUUUUGCUUUCUCUGGAAGUACUUUUCAUUUAACAGCUUUUCUUACGUGUCAGGCUCCACGUUGAGCUGUAUAAUUAUUGUUUUUAGAUUUCAAUUUGUAUGUGUUUAUCUCUAAAGGAAUUGGUGAAAUCUCAGAUUUUAUAUUCAGCAUUAAAGGGGAAUAAAUUCCAGAAAACAUAUAUCCUGAAAAUGGAGUGUUUGUUCCCUACCGUUUCUCACACUUUUAAAGAUUUCAGUUCUGUGUUUGGCUGAAUCCUUUCUGUUUAGUGGAGAGGCUGUGCUUCUCCUUCCAUCCAUGAACCCCAUGUGUGAAAGCUGCACAUUCAGCUGUAAAAAUACAAACAGAUUGUGUGACCAUUCAAGGAGCCAGGCACGGGUCCUUCACAGUUAUGUUGGGAGGAGACAACAGAAUCAUCUCAGACGGUGAUCAGCAUGGAGGAUGGAGUUAGAUCACUCAGCCCCUGGGUGGGUUCAAAUGGAUGACUUUGUGGCCUCCUGAGUAUACAGAAGCUACGGGCUGGUGGAUAUGUUCCCCUAAUUGGGUGCAGAAAACAAGGACAGAGUGGCCAUGACCCUUUAUUACCCAGGGCCCCUUUUGGGGCAGCCACCCCCUGAAAACAGAAGAAAACAACAUUUCUGAAGUCAGUGUCAGAGGUUGAUCUAAUCACUGAACUAUUUCAAACCUUAAACACCAGGACAGAAGGAGGGUGGAGGAAGGGAUCAAAGGGAACAGGCUGUAAGUUUGCAGCAACGUGAGAAACUGUGAAGCCAAAUAAGCAAAAUGAUCACCACCCACUUGUGACCCAAAUUUCCAAAGUUUUCCUAGUUCUUCUAGAAAUGCAGAUCAGGUUAGUUUGUUCAUCCUUUCCAUCAGCAUGGAUUGAGCCCCUGGAAUGUGAUGGGUACUGUCCGAACAGGACAAUAAUCUUCACCUUCAAAGAUGGGGAAACAGAAACAGAAGCAGCAGUUAUAGGCAGUGGUAAAUGACAGAGUUGAGGUAAGUUAAGAGCAUUCCAGGCUGUGGUUCAUCAUCUGAAACAUGACACGUCAUUUUUUCCUUUGUUACAUCCAUUCCAAUUUUUAAAAAUUUCAUAUAUGCAAUGAAAUAUAUAUAUAUGCAUAGAUACAUAUAAUAUUGAUAUAUAUGUUAAAGUAUAAGGAGUAAUAAUAAUAAUAAAAACCCCUGUGUGCCUAUCACCCACCUUAUUGCCUUUCCUUUGAGACUCAAUGUGCUUUUUCCUGAACCUCUCUCUCCCUGUCUGAUAGAGGAAGCCCCUGUACUGAACUUUGUGUGGACCAUAGUCUUCCUGUCCCUUAUCGUUUUACCUUCAUGUAUGUAUCCUUAAAGAAUAAUAAAUGGAAUAAAACUGGA